UCAGUUUGUAUGAUUUAAUUCAUCAGUUUACUUCCUGUUUUUUUUUUAGGAAAGUAAAGGAUGACAAUGACUGCUGACACCCGUCCCUGCGUGUGUGUUAUCAAUGACCUGCUUGUAUCAUUAAAAGGACGAAACAACGACUGCUGGAGGAAACGAUGCUUCCAAGGAAGACAGCAAAAAACAAGCACGAGGCUGAGACGUGGAAUGUUCUGCUUUAGGAAACGUGCACGGGCAAGUGCUGACGGCCCGAAGCAGCGAUGAGGAGGAGGAGGCCGUCGUGAUUCACGGGCCACGCCCCCGACAGCGGAUAAGUGAGGGCGGCGAAAGUUGCGGGAAGAGGAAGUGAGAGAGAAUCCAGCUCGACCUGAUGAGCAGAGUCAGAGCGUCCUGCCGCCAGCAUCUCUUUUGGAGCUGGAGGAGCGCAUCUCCAUGCAGAUGAGUCGCUACACGCAGACGCCAUCAUGUCUGCUCAUGUGGCUUCAGGCUCCGCCCCCUCAAAGGAAUCCCAGUUGUAGGAACGGACGACUGGAAUGCUCACCGUGGCCAAUGAGCUCAGCAAACCUUGGCAGGCGAUGGUCACAUCGGUGCAGAUGUUACGGAGGGGCUUCAGCAACCGCACGCUGGUCGACAUGGAGAGGAGCUCCGAUCAAAGUGGACUUUGUUGUGCGUCUACAAGGAGGAUUUGUGACAUCACGGCGGGUUUGGGGCCACUUGGUUGCGUGGAAGAGGUAACCCAUCCACAAUAAGACAAGAACAAGUCUGGGGGCAUGCUGGUGCGCCAAGGUUGCCACGACGACAAGCCCACUCCGCAGUGACGUCAGCGGACAACCCCCCUCUUUCAAAACUUUGCUCUUGAGGCCCAGGCGAAACGAGCGCAGCAUCCGCGACUUUAAAGGGCGAACCGACAAGAAAGCGACCCCGGAACUAUCGCGAGACUUUGAGCGAGGAAGCCCUUCCCAGCGUGGACACUGGGGCGGCGCCCUCGAGCCACAUGUGAUAUUAAUAUCACAGCAGCCACACCGCUCCCGAACUGAAGCUGACGACUAAAUUUAAACGCCCUCCAUUGCUGCGCUCCCACAUUCCUACCAGGCCUCCCCUCCAUCUCCCGCCAGGCCUGCUCCUCCUCCUCCCAUCACGCAGUGCUGCUGCUAAAGAUGAUGAAGAUGACGACGAAGGCAGAGAGCAAUAACUUGAGGUGUGUCCAGGCAGGGGAGGAACAUUUGAUGGAAGCUGUUCAUUUGGAAGCGUAUCGAAUGAACAAGGCUCAGACUGUGACAGUGGUGGUCCAUUGAGUGCUGGGACAAAGCGGACAUAUGGAAACCAGUUACUUGCAGGAAAAUAGAUGCUCUUUCCUAAUUCUACCACCAGAGGGCAGCAGAGACUGGCAGGUACCGGCGGUGGCGGAGGCGCGCGCUCCUGGAUGUACUCACCUACUCGCGUGUCUUUGCGUGGAAUGCACGCGCGCCCCCUCUGCGGCUGCGGCUGCUGCUGCUCGACUGCUGCUGCGUGACUCCAUGAGGAUGGGAGGAGGAAGCCUCGUCCUGGUGCUGGCGCUUCACUUUGUGUGGCUGCUGCACUCGGUGCUGGUCAGCUCCGCCCACUGCGACGCCGUCUUCAAAGGCUUAUCGGACUGUGUGCUGCAGCUGGGAGACAACAUGGCCAACUACCCCCAAGACCUGGACGAGCAGCAGAAACUGCACAAGAUCUGCAACUACUGGGACGAUUUCCACUCCUGCGCCAGCACAGCGUUGGCCGACUGUCAGGAGGGCGCCACCGAACUUUGGGAGAAGCUCAAGAAGGAAUCUCGUAAUCUGGAUUUUCGCGGGAAUUUGUAUCAACUGUGCGGUGGGAACAACGGCGCCCCCGGGCGGGGGGUGUCCGGCGGCCUGGGGGUGCUACUGGCGGCGCUGCCAAGCGUGCUGACGUGGCUGGCCCUUUAAGACUCACAAAAAAAAAACCCACUCUGGAAAAGAAGGACAAAAAAAGAACCGAAUCAAGACAAAGUGCAAACUAGAAAAAAGAUGGAUUCUCUUUGCCCUCAAGUUUGCCUUCCAGGCACAACGGCCCAUCGCCACAUCAGAAUGAUCGACCGCAACACUUGGAGGAAUUCCAAAAGUAUUCCAGUCAAACGGGAACGUUUGCUCAUCAAGGUCUCCAUGACGACGCCUUGUAACCGCCGGCGCCAGGCAGAUCAGACGGAAUAUUGGGGUCUAUUCAAGGAUGCCGUGGUGAAUGCCAUCAUCCGAUUGGCGCCAAAAAAAAAAGAAGAAAGCCCGCCAUCACACCAAUUUUUUUGCUUUUUGCACCAAAUUGUUGAGCCCUGCAACUUGACUUGCAAGGCUAACACGUUACAGUAUUUGACUUUUAGCAGCUAGCUUGCUGACCCGCGAGCGGAUUUUUUGUUGUUGUUGUCGUUGUUUGUUUGUGGUGGCAGACAGGAAGUGAGCGUUCAGCUUGUGGAUGGAUGUCGACCUGCAUGAUGUCGCUUGUCAACGCCUUUUGGGAAAUGAGCACAAACGGCUAGGUGUUAGCUUAGCGUGUUAGCAAAGCAACACUAAUCAACCAGGUGAAGCAAAGCAAUCAACGUGAGCUGCGCUAAUGCUCGCAUUCAAAUUAGCCAGUUUAUGAAUAAAACAUGUUUUAGCUUAGCUAGCAAAGUCAUAUCGCCAGCUAACACUUUGAUUAGCAUUCAGGCAGCUAACAGUGACUAGCGCUUUUUUUUUUUAAAGUUUUGUUCGCGAGCAAACACUUUUGGCGCAAAAAAGCGUUUGAGCGCCAAGUGUUCACUCUAAGUUAUUGAUUUUUUAAUAUUUUUUUUAUGUUUGUGCUCCUUUCCUGAAACCUUUGAGAAGUUUUCUUUGGAUGUAAGUCGUAACAUUAGCGUUAGCCUUGUGUUGUACACGCAGCAAAAAAAACAAAACACAAAGAGCAAUACGGCGACGUCACGGCCAGUGAAGUAGCUCCAAAAAAACACCAAUAAGAUUCCAUCAAUCAAUCAAUAAUAAAUAGUGACCAGACUGUUGUGUUGAACUAAAAGACGUCAUUGAUUAAUAAUAAUAAUAAUAAUAACUUCUAUGUCUUUGUUUGUUUGCUCGCAACUUUACCAAUCAUUCAGAAAAUUAUGAAGAAUUUAUUAUGUACAUUUAGAGGAUUUUGAAAAAAUGUAUCAUAAUGAGAGGAGAAAAAAAAGAUUAUUAUUAUUAUAGAAAGUUUUAACACUCCAUUGAUACAGAUGAUAGAAAUAUAUACAUAAAAGAUUGACAUGAUUUAGUGCUAAAUAAAAGAAUGUCAUGUUUGAAA